AAAAUGCAGUGCCGUUACAACCCAAACCACAUUACAUCACAUGUUCGUUUCAUUCCCAUAGACAGAACAGAAUACAGACAGUAGAUAGAUAGUGCACUGUGCAAACGCAAAACUCACUUAACAAACUUAUCUCUCUCUCUCUCUCUCUCUCUCUCUCUUUCAACAUUCAAUCAACUCCCAAUUAUUAGGGUUUUGUUUUUUUUUUGAAAUGUGGAGGUACAUUACCAAUGGAACCGCUUGAACAAUCUGAAUCAAUUGGUUCCUCCAUCAAAGACCCACAAUUGAGCUCUCAUAUUCAAUCUCUUGAUGAUGAUUACCAUGAUCCUCAACCCCCAAAUCUCAAUCACAUUACCCACCUCGAUGAGGAGCUUCAGAACAAGUUGGAUUUGAAAGAUGAGGAUGAAAUUGAGGGUAAAAGUUCAAAUUUUGAAGUUAGGGAUGAACAUUUGUGUGAUGAAGAUGCUUCCCCAGAAUCUGAUAAGGGCCAAGGGUUUCACCAUGAUGAUGAUGAUGGUUGGAUUGGUGAUGAUGAGGUUAGUGAUUGGAUUGAAAAUGUGAGUGAGAAGGUUGAUGAAGUGGAGAACAAGGAUGAAAGAAGACAUGAACAGUAUCCAUUGAGGCCUGAAGCUGAAGACUGUUCUUUUUAUCUCAAGACUGGGACUUGCAAAUUUGGAUUCAAUUGCAAGUUUAAUCAUCCAAUUAGGAGAAGAAACCAGGCUUUUAAAGAGAAGGUGGGAGAAAGAGAUGAACUGGAGGAAAGAUCGGGCCAGACAGAAUGCAAGUAUUAUUCAAGGUCUGGGGGUUGUAAGUUUGGGAAUGAUUGUAAAUUUAAUCACACCAGAGGAAAGUGUUCUGCAGUCCCAGUUUCAGAGCUUAACUUCCUUGGCCUACCUAUUCGUUUGGGAGAGAAAGAGUGCCCCUAUUACAUGCGCACUGGCUCUUGUAAGUUUGGAUCGAGCUGCAAGUUUAAUCAUCCCGAUCCUACAUCUGUUGGAGGAUAUGAUUCCACUUCAGGAUAUGGUAAUGGAAGUUCUAUUUCAUUACAAGAUGCAUCACAAUCAUCUACACCCUCAUGGUCUUCUACCAGAAAAUUAAAUGAAACUACUCCUUUUGUGCCUAUCAUAAUUUCACCGUCUCCUGGGGCUUCUCCUCGAAGUUCUGACUGGAAUGGAUAUCAGGCACCUUUCUAUUUAUCUGAGAGGAGUAUGCAUCCACCUUCAUCGUAUGCUGUGAACAACCCAGCUGUUGAAACAAAUGUUUAUAUGCAUCGUCAUAAGCAGAUGCCAGUUGAAGAGUUUCCAGAAAGACCCGGUGAACCCGAAUGCAGUUUCUUCUUAAAAACCGGGGAUUGCAAAUUUAAAUCGCAUUGCAAAUUUCACCAUCCAAAGAGUCGGAUUGCAAGAUUACCUCCCAUCAUCCUAAGUGACAAGGGUCUGCCUUUGAGACCUGACCAGAAUGUGUGCACGCAUUACAGCCGAUAUGGAAUUUGCAAAUUUGGACCAGCUUGUAAGUUUGACCACCCAAUAAACCCGCCUCCGCCACCCCCUACUAUGCGAGGACAUGAUCAACAAUCCUCUUACACAAACUCAGCUAGUAUUGAGGAGGAGGCUGGAAGUGGAGGUGCUAGUGAUGCUACAAUUCAGUAGCUUGGCUUUGAGUAUGCAUAAUUGCAUACCACCCAUAUUUUGUAAUUUUCAUCUUAAAUUAUCUAACUACAGUGGUUAUGCCAAUUGUGGCACAAGCUUUUUGCAGAAUAGCAAUAUAUAUAUAUUAGACUUAUAUGGAAAAUACAGUAGAAGUUUUGUAACUUUUGUUACAUAUAACACCAGCUUCUGUUAUCUUAUUUUUGUGGUUUGUUUCCUUUCUCUUGGAUUAGUAUUUUGGAUUAGACUAUAGUUGGGCUGGUGUGAAAUGCUUGUGAAUAUAUGGCCUUGUUUAUGUAUUAUGGUU